GCCGAGCUCUCCUGGCAGAGUGGAGCGCUAGGCGGCGCAGCGGGCGCGGCGGUAGGGUCACGGCCUGGGGAGCUGCGGAGCCGGCGGGGAACAGCGGCAUGGCGGCGGCGGCGGGCGAGGCGCGCCGGGUGCUGGUGUACGGCGGCAGGGGCGCGCUGGGCUCGCGAUGCGUGCAGGCCUUCCGGGCCCGCAACUGGUGGGUUGCCAGCAUCGAUGUGGUGGAAAACGAGGAGGCCAGUGCUAGUGUGGUUGUUAGGAUGACAGACUCCUUUACUGAGCAGGCUGACCAGGUGACUGCUGAGGUUGGAAAGCUCCUGGGUGAAGAGAAGGUGGACGCCAUUCUCUGUGUCGCUGGAGGAUGGGCUGGAGGCAACGCCAAAUCCAAGUCUCUCUUUAAAAACUGCGACCUCAUGUGGAAGCAGAGCAUGUGGACAUCGACCAUAUCCAGCCAUCUGGCCACCAAGCACCUCAAAGAAGGAGGCCUCUUGACCCUGGCUGGUGCCAAGGCCGCCCUGGAUGGGACUCCCGGGAUGAUCGGCUACGGCAUGGCCAAGGGUGCUGUCCAUCAGCUCUGCCAGAGCCUCGCGGGCAAGAACAGCGGCAUGCCACCUGGGGCUGCUGCCAUCGCUGUGCUCCCGGUCACUCUGGAUACGCCGAUGAACAGGAAGUCCAUGCCUGAGGCCGACUUCAGCUCCUGGACACCCUUAGAAUUCCUAGUCGAAACCUUCCAUGACUGGAUCACAGGGAAGAAUCGACCCAGUUCGGGAAGUCUAAUCCAGGUGGUGACCACAGAAGGAAAGACGGAGCUCACCCCAGCGUAUUUUUAAGCUUCAUCUUCCGUGCGUGGGAGGGGCCUGCCGUAAAAGUCACUAACCUGUCUCAGCGUGGCCGUGUCUGCCCUGUGUCUGGCCUGUGUCUUAUGUAACCCUGUUUGUGGUACGGGAUAGUGAGUCCUGGUUUUCUCUCACCUAACGUUCAUUUGUUCUCCCAGGACAGUGUAGUAUGCUCGUGUGAAAUAACGUGUGAUGGGGCCUGCAAACAGCACGCCAGUCUGUGCUGACCACACGAGGGUGUCUGCACAGCCCGCCUGUGUAGCAGCAUGCUGGAGUGCUUUUGGGACCCUCGUCUGCCCGCGACAGUGGCUGUUGUCUCCACUAGUUCAGUGAUUUCUUGGUAUCGGAUCAUUUUGAGAGCUGAGUUAUUUUCAAAUGUCAAGUUUAUGUCAUAGAUGUAGUUUUUGCGACCUUUAAUUAAACUGCCUUAAAACUACUUUUGUGGUGUCAGCAAAAUCCCCUGGACUCUUUCAUGGUGUCCUUUUCUUGUGCAGUUGCCAAGUGUGCCCUGGCCUAGGGCUAAGUGUGCAAGAGAACUACUGAUAAAUCUUUCGAGUGUUUUUCCUAAUAAAUGCACUUCAUUUA